AGGUGUCGGUUUCUGAAAGAGGGAGUGACCACGACAGCAAAGGGGACGGUCAUGAAUGGCGCCUCAGGAUUUAAGAAUGGCGUCAAAGUUGCCACGGAUGCGGAAAUAGAGGAUAAUGAGGAAGACGAUGAUGAAGAUGAUGAAACGACACAGGCAGAUUGGAAGCUCGAUAUCUCAGCUGAAGCUGUAGCAGAGCGAAGACAACGAGAGUUAGAUUUGAUCACUCGAGUUGAAAAAAUCAUGAACGCUGGCAUUGGUGACAAAGCUAGAGAUCCCUACAAAGUCUUUGAAGAGUUCGUGACAUCACCCAAAGAUAUAGGACCAACAGCAACUGAUCAGUCAUUACCAGAUUUAGAGGAAGUUUUAGGAAAGUUUUAUACACUUGACUUGGAGAAAGGUGGAGCCAUCUUUGUCCUCGAGAGCCUUCAGAAACGACAGCAGGAAAUCGCGAGAGAUGCUAAGGAAAAUAUCCAAGAGGAGACAUCUGAGACUAAGGUUGUAAGACGAGAUGAUUACGACGCCAUCAUUAAGGUGCUCAAAGAUAGUUUGGAGCGUGAAGUGAUUGUCACGGGUAGUUUGGAAGAGAUUAGUGACGAGAGCAGUAGUAGCGACAGCGACGACGACGAUGACGACGAAGAUGAUAAUGAAGAAUAAAACAAUGAAUCCAUUAAGGCUGAGACAAUAAUGCAU